CACACCGAACUCACUUCUCUAAAGUUGUCCAGCAAAAUUUGUUGUAUAAAUUGAUCAAAACCACGUCUAACUAAAAAACUAAAUGAAUUUUAAAUUUAAAUAAAAAAAUAAAACAUUUGGAGUAAAGAGUCAUGGCUAAGGACUACAGCAAAAACAAGCACGCAAAUGCGGAGGAUGGCUUAAAGCAGGAGACCGAGGCAUACGAGGAUCUGUCGGAAAAAGAGAAGCAGCACCAAUUGUUCGACACCCAGGACCAGGAGGAUACCGGAUGCAGUACGGUGGAUCACAGAAGCGAUUGCGACGAAGCCAGUGGCGUUAAAGGUGGCGUUGGCAGUGGCGGUGGCUUUACCAACCAUUUCGUUGGCGACCCGCAGACCAGCGUUGCGGCAGGAUUGCGCAGCGGACACCUGCCACAGAAGCCGCCCAUGGAAUAUCAACUGUUCGUUGCACUGGAAGGCGUUGCCAACGGGUCCGACAAACUCCUCCCGACUUUUGUCUUGUCGACCACGAGAGCGAUCAGCUGCCCAAACUUUAGACCGCCGACUUCAUUUUUAUAAUCCGGGACAAGCCACACUCAAUCUUCCGCCGCAAUGGCACCGAUCUGCUGUACACAGCCCAAAUCUCGCUGAAGGAGGUUCUGUGGUUACAUUUGAUUACAUUGCAGCCACGGCGUAGUCUGUACAAGUAUGGAGUACACUUUCCUGUGGAGAACUGGCGAUGUUUUCAUCUUUUACGGAACCAUUGAAGAGACGUGGAUCUACAUACAACUAAAUUAUCUGUGCUCCACUCUAAAUUAAAUUAUUUUACUAUAUGA